AUGGCCAGCGAAAAGAAAUCAAGAAUUUCCCCUUCCAAAUUGUCUCAGGACAAGUUUAAAAUAGAACUGCCUAGAUUUAUAUCUGAAAUGGAGUUGGAGGAUAUAAUAGGCCAGCCUCCAAGCAUGAAAUCAGAAAUGAAUCACCAGCUGACACCUAUAGCCUGAACCUCCUUUUAGCUUGGACUAUCCCGACAUCUCCCUAAUUGGUAAAACUAAUAACCCUUUAGAUGAAAAAUCCACUCCUUAUUGGAGAUUUGUCAUCUAAGCGGCUAGUUUAUUUUACCAACAUAUGUUGGAAAACUAGCUCCCGGUUGAUGAUGGGAUAGCUCAAGCCUAAAGGAAGCUCGGACUAUACUAUCAGGAGCUCAAGCUUAGCUGAAAUUUGUAGGAGAUCUAAAACCCCUUCUUCAAGUAGUGAAAAUAAAGGUGUUAGAAGCUUAUUCAGAAGACGAGAUAUGCCAAAAUAUAUCAAUAUCUUGCCGAAUAGCAUAAACCCAAGGAAAGGUAGUAUGGAUACCUCGGCGUCUCAUCAUGGAAAAGAUUUGGCCACAAAAUUUAGUCAAGCAAAACAAAAAAACGAAGAAAUGGAAAGCUUGAUAAGGCUGAUGGAAACUAGGCAUCGCUUUGAGAUGGAUAAUGCCAAGAAAAGAUAUUCUAAUGCAUUCCAAUAAAAAACAGAGAAUAAUUUUUGGUAAAAUUUGUUUUAAAUAGAUUUAUUUCAGAUUUUCAGUUGAUUUAAUCUUUUUAUUUAAGUAUAUGAUAAAUUAGCAAUGGCUAAUAAAAAAUUAAGUGACGAUAAAGACGAAUUAGAAGCCAGACUAAAUGAAGAAAUUUUAAAAUUAAGAAGGCAAAACGAAGAAAACCUUGAAAAACUCAACGAAUUUUUUAAAUGCAACAAGGAUCUGAUAGAGAGUUUAAUGAUAGAAAAAAAUGAGAAUGUCUUGUUUUUGAAAGAUUCAAAUUCUAUCAUUACUGAUGAGAUUUCAGAAGAUAUCCAAAAAUAUAACAAGAAAAUUGAAGAAAUUUGCAAAGUAUAUCCAAAAAUUGGCAGGGAAAGCAAUAUAAUCCAUAUAAAAAAUUUUAGAAGAACACCAUCAACAGGAGAAACUGAUCAUGCCCUAAUAAAGACUAUCACAUUUAGAAAGGAAACAAGUGCUUUUAACUCCCCAUCAGAAACUUUUGUGUCAAGCCAAGCCACGGCAUUAUUUAACUUCACAGCAAAAGAGCCAGAUGAGCUUGGCUUCAAUAAGCAUGAUCGCAUUACAAUAAUUUCUCAAAACGAUGACGGCUGAUGGAUCGGAAAAAUUGGAGAAAACAUUGGCAAAUUCCCAUGCAGUUUUGUAUUAUUAGAUUCUUAA